GCUCGCAAAGCGCCCCAGAUAGCCAGCUAUCAACAAGUCGUUUCUUCCCUCCCUCUGCCAAAGCCCUCCAGGUACCGGUCUAACAAUUAUUACCCAUCUCGAUCCGGUCAAUCAGAUCCAUCAGAUCCGUUCGUAAACCAUCCAUCGCGUCAAACCCGUACACGCCUUUUGAGGCUAUUCGCACUUGGGCCCACGCCUGUUUCCUAAACUCCGCGAGGAUGAACAGCAAAAACUGGGGCGACAAAGCCGACAAGGAUCUGUUCUUCACCAUACUGUCUGUUAAGAACAUCGGUGUUAUAAGCGGCUCAGAAUGGACCACCAUCGGGAACCACAUGCGGUCUCUCGGGUAUGGUUUCACCAAUGAGGGAUGCCGCCAACACUUCCAAGGUCUCCGCCGAGCACAGCAAAAGGCUGAGGCGAACGGCGCGUUGGGUGACAACCCCCGGAAGAUUGACCCUACUCUGAAUCCCAUCACUCGGCGCCCGGGUCCGGGACGGGGUAGGCCCAGGAAGUCUGUUGGCGCUGCCACUGCAGAUGGUCAAGGGGCUGAUAGUGCCAGCCCCUCGCCAUCGCAGACCCAGAUCCAGCACCAGCAGCAACAACAACAACAACCGCCACAGGCACAAGCACUGGAUCUAGAACAGUCUAUGCAACCACAGCCGCCUAUGGAUCCCGGCGUUGGCCCUGCACCAACCCCCAUGAUGGAUGCCGCCCCGACACAAGCCCAGGCCCCGAUGCCCCCUCCGCAGCAGCCGGCCCAGCCGCCACAGCCCAUGGUCUUGCAGCCAGAGGGCGUCGUCUCCUUCGAGGGUGCAGGUGAGGAGCCUGAUGAGCAUGCUGCAAAGCGUCCCAAGCUCGAAGAGAACCACGACCCUGCGCUCAAUGAUGAAGCCAUCCUGAGCGCCUUGGCGGCUCACACCAGCCCAGGCGUUGAUCACUAUAACCCAGAUUUCUACGGAGAGGCUUGAUGGCGAUAACAAGGACGCAAGCAGAGGCCUAUCCAGUCUUAGCCACACCCGAUCUGGGCUACCCAGCGUUGAGCUUACUGGCGUUGCUUCGGUGUUACGGUGGUGUGUUAGUUUCUGCUUAUUUUGGUGUUUGAUAUUUCUUUGUUGCUUGAAAUGUGCUACGAUUCGGCUGUAGCCAGUGCCACCAAGGUUUAUGGGUCCGGGCUGGCUUGGGGAUCCAUUACCAUGGGGGGAAGAGACUGUCCCGGGUCCUAGGGGAAGACUCGAAUGAAGCAGGCGCAAUCCACUUCUAAGGCACAUAAUCUUAUUUGUCCUCUCCUCGCCUCCGAGCGACUCUUGAAAUCUGCUAAGGCCAUUUCGGAAUGCCAUCACUUUGUGCUGCUAUGAGCUGGUGCUUUUGUACUGCGUACUUGGUCGCUCCUCGUUGUGACCGGGCUACCAAUGACCAACGGCCAGCUUCUAGUCAUCUGGAGCCAAUGAGUUCUGGCCGGGCAACAGUGAUUCAUCUUCUAGGGUCCGCCCGCUGGCCAUUUCAAGGCAGCUCGAGAUCCCAGUUACGCUCUGACUGCCCCAGG